AAAAAGUAUGUAGUUAUAAUGUAGAUUACUUUAAAUAACGAUGCACUUACUGUUUCAACUGCUGAAAUGUAAAAUCACGUUCGUGUGAAUUGAGAGAGAAAUUCAGUGAGAAGGGAAUUUCAUUUGUUUGUAUUUCCAUUCUGUGAAGUUUAUUAAAGAUUACAAUGAAGCAUAUAUGUGCAACUUGUCAUAAGAGCUAUUCUCAUAAAUACUAUUUCAACGUACAUCUUAGAACUCAUACAGGAGAAAAGCCAUACGAGUGUUCAACCUGCCAAAAGAGCUUUCAUUGUAAAAAACACUUGGACGAACAUGUUAUCAUUCAUACUGGAGAAAAGUCACACAUAUGCGAAAAUUGUGAUAAGAGUUUUUCUUCUAAACGUGGCUUAAAUUUGCAUCUUAGAGUUCACACGGGAGAAAAACCAUACCAGUGUGAUAUAUGUGACGUAAGAUUCAGGUAUAGCAGCAAUUUACGAAGACACGAGACGACACAUUCAACUAUAAAACCUUUUGCCUGUUCUAUGUGCAAUUAUCGCUGCAAGUCAAAGUAUGCUUUGAAGAAACAUUCUGCUUCCCAUAGUAAAAAGCAGUUGUUUUCAUCUGAUAAAUGUAACAAUCAGUUUUAUUCUGAACCAGAAUUCAAUGCUCAUAAAAAAACACAUACUGAUCAGAUCUCAUUUAUUUGUGGUAUGUGUCAACAAGUAUUUUCUGAGAACAAUUCUUUAGACAAACAGAAGAGAAUUCAGCUGCCAGUGGAAAAUGCGCCUUAUCAAUGCAAUCAAUGCGGAUUAACAUAUUCUGAGAGAGUUGAUCUGGAAGUCCAUAAUCUGAUACAUUCUAUUAAUGAGUUACAUAAUUACGACUACAUAAACUAUGAGAUAGAUGAUACUGAUAUUACAGAUUUUUAAAAUUUUAAAUUAAACGUUAGACUAUUUGUAAGUAAUAAACAUUAUCGCAUUUUAAUUUAGACACGUAAUAAAAUUAAUAAGACAAUGAAAAGCGCUCGUUGAAUUAAAUUGCGCCUACAUCCAGAAGUAAUAAAACAAAAAUUGACACUCGCCUUACUAUUUUCACUUUGUGCUAAUACUUACCACACUCAGAUUAGUAUAUUUUCUAUAAUCUCUUUUCUUCCAGUGUCAAGUACUGGAUAAUUAACUUUCAUUAUUGGCGUGAUUGCUCAAGCUUUCUUACACGCUAAGCCAGAUUUCUAGGUGGGCUUUCUAGGAACUUAUCCAAUACCCGCCACAAGAAAUGCAUGUACAAAAUGAAGUUACAGUGGCCCUACGUAAAUAAAUAUAACCCUGUUUUGACGUGUUCGAAAAGAACAAGAAAAUGUGUAAAAGACUCUUAUUGUUGAAAUUACUAUAUACAAAACACAACACUUAUUUAACUCAUAUCAGAAGAUUUCUUUGAAGAAGUUGUAUGCCAUCCAAUACAGUUGCAGCAGUUUCAAUGUCAAGUUCAACUCGAUCUUUCAAUGUUUAUUUUCGGAAAGACGGUGAUUGUAUAUGAUAAGUUAUCUGUACUCGUACGCAUAAUGAAGUAUGUUGGCAGAUUUUUUUUGAUUUUUAUUUUCGGCUCCUUGCUACUUUUCGGGCUUAGGACCAGAAAGUGAUACAAAAGCUUUUGUCCACUUCUAUAAUAGUUUUCUGCCUGUUCAUAGU